AUGCGUGGCCUUCCUAUUCACGACAACCUGGAGAAUGUCGCUGCCACAGCUGGCGCAUCUGCUGCCAGCCCGCUUCUAGGCAAGGUUGCGGGUGAUGUCGAGGGUCUUGCUGGUCUUCCUUCCCAGUGCGUUCUUGUGAGCGCUACCAUCUCAUUUUUCGUACUUUUGGCAGCGGCCAUCACCCUCGGCACUCAGUACGGUUUCUGCAGCGUCGCUUUUGCCGUUCCCUUUAGCGUCUGGGUGGCCGUACUGGUUCUUGUUACUGUUCGCUAUGGCAAGGUCGCUCUGGAGGCCUACAGGGCGAGGCGUGUAGCUGGCUUUGCCUCUGCCGUCGCCUCUGGUGCUCUUUAA